GCUCUGUCCGGACCAUACGCGCGCACACGGCAGCACACGGACGCGCACGCACCGGAGGACUCUUUUUACGCACGGAAUAACGCACGUACGGACGGGAUACACGCGCACCUGUCCCGGACUCGCAUUUGGACCGUAGCCCUUAUGUGUGGAUGGGACCAAACGGCGACCUCUCAUAGCGCUGCCAUGUUGACCAGUGAGGGGGCGCACGCCGUAGACCAGGACAAGAUGGUGGCCGUGGCAAACGCGAACUUCAUCGGCGGCAGCAUCAGCGGCAGCAUCAGCGACGAGCCCAUGAGCGACAGCGACGCGGAGCUGGACGUGGAGGAGGUGGAGGAGGAAGAGGAAGAGUACCUGUCCAAGGCGGCCGACAUGACUCACUGGAGCGAGGCCGAGUUCGAGGAGAGGUGCACCUACGUGGUCAAGGAUACCGCCGUGGGGUCGGAGGUGACGGCGCCGACGAGGGCCGAAGCGACAUUACCCCGGAAUCUGAUGUUCAAGUACAGAGCCGACAGCAGAGAGGUGAUGGGAGUGUGCAGCCGUGAGUACAUCCCCAGAGGCACGCGCUUCGGCCCUUUGGUGGGAGAGGUCUACACCGCGGAGACUGUGCCCAAGGACGCCAACCGGAAGUACUUCUGGAGGAUCUACGAGGACGGCGAGCUGCACCACUUCGUCGACGGCCUGGACGAAUCGCGGUCCAACUGGAUGCGUUACGUGAACCCCGCCCACUGCGAGGCCGACCAAAACAUGGCCGCGUGUCAGAAAGGCAUGGACGUUUACUUCUACACCACGCGAGCCGUCGCCGCGGGAACAGAGCUGCUGGUGUGGUACAGCCGAGAGUACGCCGCCCGCCUCCACUACCCGCCGUCAGGGGAGGCCAUGAUGCACAGGCUCAAGCAAUCCCUUCUCGAGGUGAAGCAGCAGCAGGCCUCAGAGGAGCGAUUGUCUCCGCCCACCAGCGCCUCCCCCACCCACGUGACCCCCAACCACGGGACCCCCACCCACGUCCCCACCCGCCCCAGACGCGAGCACAGCGUCUUGUCCAUCCUGCGCGGCACAAACUCCACCAAACGAGAACCCAGCCGCCCUCUGCCCACGCGCCCGCUUUACCCCACUCCGCUGCACCCGGAGGACUUCUUCAAAUCGAGCCAGAUGCCCUCCCGUUCGCCAGGAAACCACUCCUCCACCACGCCCAGCCCGAACGCCCGCAGCAGUCCGGAAAGCAGCCCGCAUGGAAGCCCCCUAUCUGGGCCGUUCUACCCCUCCGCCCUCCCCUCUUUCCCUGGGUACUCUCCUCCGUCUGCUCCCCUCUCUGUUCCAUUCUACCAGGCCUCCACCUCCCCGUACUCGCGCUACCUCCUCCCCCAGAGCUACCCUCUUCCAGGCGGCGCCGUGCCCACGAUCGGAAGUCUUUUCCCAAGGAUGUACCCUCUGUACAACAGCCUCCUCCCCCCUCUCCUCCCCUCUGACGCUGGGGCAAGAAGGUUCCUUCUCCCUGACCACCUGCCCACGCACAGGGACUAUCUGCUCCCAGCUCCCACCAGCGCCUUCUCCUCCGCUACGUCGCUGAAAGACAAAGCGAACUCUCACCUGUCCUACCACAUGGUGCCCUCCAGCGGCUCCCCGACCGCCGGAACGUCACCUCCCAGCGAGCGCGUCGCCACCAAGCCCACGUCGGCGAUGCUGGCGAGCCCGGGCGCGUGCAGCACGGACUCGGAUGAAGCGAUGAACUUGAGUAAAGUGAAGCGUAGUGCGGGGUCGGCCGGGUACAAAGCGCUCCCCUAUCCGCUCAAGAAACAAAACGGGAAGAUCAAAUAUGAAUGCAACGUCUGCAGCAAGACCUUCGGGCAGCUCUCCAAUCUCAAGGUCCAUCUCCGGGUGCACAGCGGAGAGAGGCCGUUCAAGUGUCAGACGUGUAACAAAGGCUUCACGCAGCUGGCCCACCUGCAGAAACACUACCUGGUCCACACGGGGGAGAAGCCGCACGAAUGCCAGGUUUGUCACAAGCGCUUCAGCAGCACCAGUAACUUAAAGACCCACCUGCGCCUGCACUCCGGAGAGAAGCCCUACCACUGUAAGCUCUGCCCCGCCAAGUUCACGCAGUUCGUCCACCUCAAACUCCACAAGAGACUGCACUCCCGAGAGCGCCCCCACAAGUGCCCCCAGUGUCACCGCAACUACAUCCACCUGUGCAGCCUGCGCCUCCACCUCAAGGGCUACUGCAUGGCCUCCAGCGCCCCGUCCCGCCUGGCCAUGGAGCAGCUGCACCGCGCCAACGAGGAGAUCGAGCGCUUCGACCUGAGCGAGCACGCCGAGCGCCUGGACACGCUGCAGGGGGGGGCCGAGCUGGAGGCCAUGCUGGAGAAGCAGGUCCUGGGGAUGCAGUGGAGAGAGGCGGAGCUUAAAUACCACGCGGGCGGGUUCGCGGCGUACGAUUCGCCCAACGAAACGUCCGUCAUCAAAAUGCGCCACAGCAGCCCGUCGCUCCCGGUAACGGUCAAACAGGAAGCAGAGGUCUGAGGGAAAAAAGACUGAGAAAGAGACUCGAAAAUGCUCUUAAUGGAGGACUGUACAAACAACAUGGUGAUAGAAAUUCUCACCCCAGUAAAUGCAUAAAAAAUUGUUGGAAAAAAAUUGACAUAUGAGAAAAAAAUAUGAAACCUAUAACAAAAAAAAUCACAAAAAUGCAUCAUAUUUUUACACAUUAAUAUGAACUGAUUUAGUUAGCAAUGUAUUUAGAAAAAAAUAUUACAGCAUUGCUCUGUUUACUAUAAAGAUUCUAAAAUACCAACAAAUUGAAGUAUAAAUGGGUAAUACUUUCCAGAUGAUAGUAAUAAAAAAAAAAUAAAUUCACAAAAUUUCAAGCUAUUUAUUAAUCCAAUGUUUGUGAAAUUUGAAGUUGCGUUACUGGGGUAGAAUUAUAACUUGGAAAAAGCCAUAUACGACAACAUAGCUUUAUUUUUCACCAAAGAAAUGAUCUCAAAUGUUUAACGAUCGAAAUAUGCAAACGAACUCACAGCUUUAAAACCAGGAUGCAGAAAACUGGACCGGCUCAGUGGAUCUAAAACCAGGACUCGCGUUGCCCGGAGCAACUUGUAAAUAAAAGACUUUAGAAACCACUCAAACGUUUCCUCAAAUCAGGGACUUCCUUCUUCUCAGGGCGAACCCAAAGCGACCCGCGACUACUACACUGUCCUUAUGAUAGAGACAAUCAUGUAACCAGGUUUAAUGUUAUUGUAAUUUAAUGUUAAUAUUGUAAUGUAUGUUUUUGUUUAUCCUUCUUAAUUUAUUGAUGAUUCUCUUCCAAAGAUCUUAAACUCUUUCAAAACACGACAUUAUCAGGGCUUUUUUAUAUUUAUGUAACUUAACUUUCACCUAAACCGGCACAUACGGCAUAGCUUCUACAUUGGUCAAUCCGUCUCUGCCUUUUCACAAACAAGGGCAUUUUUACCACAACGUUACCUCAGAGUGAAUGUUCGAAUGAUUGUGAUGUAAUAUUUAUUUUGUUGUUUUUAUUUUUUGCUACUUGAAGAAGAAUGAAGCGAGCGAGGGAAGGUUUAGCAACGUGUAGCACAUUUGUCAUUCUGUUUGAGAACACUGACGCUAAGCAACCAAAGCGACGUGCAAGCUCCCGUAUCCCGCCCCAGUCCUAGAAUAAUCCCUAAUCUUUCACGUUUUAGUAGAGAUGCAACAGUAACCUGAAAUAUCAUGAUAUCGUGUCAUCAAAAAUAAUAAUACCAUGGGCUGUCACAGUGUAUUGAAUCACAAGUUCCUUCGCUUAAUUGCAUUUUUUUUUAUAAUAGCAUCGGGAACUGCAUAUCCCAUGAUUCCUUUCUGCGCAGACAAUGGAAAGAAAUAUGUUUUUUAGUUGUAUUCUUGAGAUUAUGACAGAAAUAACACACCAAAACCUUGUCAGGGUAUUUAUUUUAAAAGCAAAAAAAGUGUCAUAUCUACAAUUAUAUCAGCCUCUCUAAAAUAUUGCAAUAAAUAUCGUACCGAGAGAUUUGGAUAUCGUUACAUCUCUAGUGAUAUUGUAUCGUCAAAAAUCUCAAAAUAAUAUCGUGGGCUGUCACAGUUUAUCGAAUUGCAAGUUUCUUUGCUUAAAUGCAUUUUUUUAUAGUAGCAACAGCUAAUAAACAUUGGGAACUGCAUAUCCCAUGAUUCAUUUCUGCGCAGACAAUGUAAAGAAAUAUGUUUUUUACUUGUAUUCUUGAGAUUAUGACACUAAUAAUUCGCACCAAAUUCUUGUCAACGUAUUUUAAAAGCAAAAAAGUGUCACAUCUACAGUUAGAUCAGCCUCUUCAAAAUAUAAACUGAUACCGAUACCAUACCGAGAGAUUUGGAUAUCGUUACAUCCCCUAGUAAUUCCACCAAUUAGAAUCAACACAUAUAAGAUUGAAUUUACCAGAUUUUCAAAAUAAAAAAGUGGGAUGUCCCUGUUUUGGGGCAGUUGGUAAGAAUAAAAUUGUAAAACGGAAAAUUAUAAUGAGUUCGGCCCAUUCGUGACCAACAUGUGAGUCAGUAUAGUCACAUUUUCGUAGUGUUUUGGUCGUUUUUAAGCAGCUUUUCUGUAUUUUACCCAAACAAAUGACGGUUUAUGUCUCUCUUUACUGUUGGCAGGCUCAGAUUGGUCAAAAACAGGGACAUUUCUUGUAUCAAACUGGGACAAAUAAACGGUUUUGGGUCAAUCUGCUCAAAACUGGGACUGUCCUAGGUCACUGUUUAUAAGAUGUGGAAUUCAAAUGCUCAAAAUUCAGCGAUUUCCAAAUUAAAAACUGAUAUUGAUUUCUUAAAAAGCUAAUAACAUUUAUAGAGAAGAAUAAGGGAGUAUUUUUAAACCAAAAAGGGACGUAACACGAGCAAACAAAGUGACAUGUUAGUUUGUUUCCUGUUAAUUUAUGAUUAUUUAGCCAAUGAUAUCUUCUAUAAUUUAUUCAAUUUUCCACCAAUUGGAAACUGCCCAAAAUAUUCAAAUGAUUAUCCAAAAUAUUUACAGUAUAUUGGGCUGGAUAUGGGAUCUUAAAAAUGAUUAUUUAAACCAAAAGGGACGAAGGAAAAAAAGGAUGAAGUGAUAUUAAAGUGUUUCUCUUGUAAAUGUUUGUGAAUAGUCUUCAUGUCAGCCAUUUUGUUGUUGAUUUCCUGAAUGCACUGGCUCCGCCCCUUCUCCUUUUGACGACUUUAUUUUAUUUUAUUUUAUUUUAUUUGUAUUUUAUUACGACACUGAAGCAUUAGGAGUGUCUUAAAGUCCAGACUGUCCAUGUGUUCGACCAAAGCUGUCUUGAGCUUUUACUUCCUGUUUACACUCUGGUUUACAAAUGUCUUUUAUUUAUGUGCAAAAUGUCAAAAUGUAAAUUAUGAUAUAAAAGUUUCAUGAUCUAAUCUAAAA